AUGGGCCAGUGCAACUGCCGCAAGAAGCGCAAGGUCCAUGAGCGACGCCGCGGCACCGGGCGGGCCGGGACCCCUGUUGGGGACUGCCAGGACCUCACUGACGUGGAGCGGGCCAUUGAGACCGUCAUCAACCAGUUCCACUGCUACGCGGUGAAGGGGCAGAAGGAGUACCUGACGCCCAAUGAGAUGCAGGAGCUGGUGGUGCAGAAGCUGCCUCACUUGGGAAAGUGCGUUGGACCACUGGAAGAGAAGAUCGAAUGCAUGGGAAACCCUGACGAGGCCAAGCUUGAGUUCGGAGAGUACUGGGACAUGAUGGGGGAUGCGGCCAAGGGCUGCCGGAAGAAGUAG